AAAGCCCAUCACGCUCCGCAGCUCACAGCGGCUCGAGGUACACAAACGAAGAGCCAUGGCGCGAGCUGAGCGCGAGCCAACCGGGUAUCGAAGAGCGCGCGUGUAGAGGUGGUCGGCGGGGUAGGUGGGUGAACAGGAGGGCGCUCAGGGUCCGCCCGCCCACCGAACGGCGAACAAACGGACGGACGGACAGACAGGAGGAUGGAGCACAUCAGGACCCCGAAGGUGGAAAACGUGCGUUUGAUUGACCGACUGACGCCCAGGAAGUCUGUUGUUGGGACGCUGUAUCUCUCGUCUACACACACCAUCUUUGUGGAGAACUCGGACGCACGCAGGGAAACAUGGGUCCUGCACAGCCUGGUGGGCAGUAUUGAGCGACCCCCCACCACCCCGUCGGGCAGUCCGCUCGUCAUCCGCUGCAAGAACUUCCAGGUGUACCAGCUGCUGCUCCCACAGGAGAAGGACUGUGUGGACAUUCAGGCUUCACUCAUACGCCUCUCACGUCCAGACCGUUAUGGAGAGCUGUUCUGCUUCUCCUUCCAGCCCAACGUGGAUAAGGAGGAGCGGGAGAAGGCCUGGGGUUUUCUGGACCUGCAUGCCGAAUUCAGCCGCAUGGGCAUUCCCAGCAACCUCUGGCACAUCACCCCCGCCAACCAUGAGUACAGGGUGUGCGACACGUACCCGUCUGAACUGUUUGUGCCGAAGUCGGCGUCCCCCGCCGUCAUCGUCGGCAGCGCCAAGUUCAGGAGCCGCGGACGCCUCCCGGUGCUGUCCUACUUCCACAGAGACACCAGCGCCGCAGUGUGUCGCAGCAGUCAGCCGCUCUCAGGUUUCAGCGCUCGCUCUCUGGAGGAUGAACAGAUGCUGCAGGCUAUCAUGAAGUCCAACCCGGCUAGCGAGUACAUGUACGUGGUGGACACCCGGCCAAAGCUGAAUGCCAUGGCGAACCGCGCCGCAGGGAAAGGCUACGAGAACGAAGAUCACUACACCAACAUCAAGCUGCACUUCAUCGGCAUCGAGAACAUCCACGUGAUGAGGAACAGCCAGCAGAAGAUCACAGACGUGGGGGACAUGAGGUCUCCAUCUAUGGGGGACUUCCUGUGGGGUCUGGAGAACUCCGGCUGGCUCAAACACAUCAAAGCAGUGCUGGACGCGGGCGUCUUCAUCGUCAAGGCGGUGGCGGAGGAGGGCGUGAGCGUCCUGGUGCACUGCUCGGAUGGCUGGGAUCGUACAGCUCAGGCUUGCUCUGUGGCCAGUGUGCUUUUAGACCCGUUCUACAGAACCAUCAGAGGACUCAUGGUGCUUAUAGAGAAAGACUGGGUAUCGUUUGGACAUAAGUUCUCACACAGGUAUUCUCACCUAGAGGGAGACCCCAAGGAGGUUUCGCCUGUGAUCGAUCAGUUCCUGGAGUGUGUGUGGCAGCUGAUGGAGCAGUUCCCCUGCGCCUUCGAGUUCAACGAGCGAUUCCUCUUACAGCUGCAUACCCACAUCCACUCCUGCCAGUAUGGCAACUUCAUCGGCAACAGCCAGAAAGAAAGAAGGGAUCUAAGGAUCAAUGAGCGAACUCACUCUGUCUGGCCUCAUCUGUGGGAGAACAGGGCAGAAUACAUCAACCCCCUGUACAGGGCCGACCACAGUCAGAGCAAAGGCAUCCUGAGACCUGUCACCACUCCGUACUGCUUCAAGUUCUGGAAGGGCAUGUACAGUCCAGCAGAAAGGGGCGUGGCCUUGCGCCAGUCACCGUCUGACAGCCUGAACGCCGUGAGGGAGGAGUCACAGCAGCUGGAGGAGGAGCUUAGCGCUCACCAGGAGAGACUCGCUCAGCUGGUGGGGAGGAAGACGAGCGGGGAAACGAGGAAGAGGAACGGAGUGACUGAGCGCUCGCACCGACUGAUUCCGAAAGACAGCGAGGUCAGCAGCCCUCAGGAUUACUUCACCUGCGUAAGCCACGCCCCCUCCUUCACACUACCCCUGAAGUCGCCAACGACACCCAAGAGCAGCGACCCCGACGACCUUUCGGCCUGCAGCGACCUCGAGUCGGGCGUGGCCGACCUCAGCAGCCACGCCUCCAGCGCCUGCGACGACGCAAAGGACCCAGAUUCCGAUUAGGUGGCUUACGCGAAUGCGUAGACGUGCUAAUUAGGAAUCGCGGAGAGUUGGCGGAUUUUUGACUGUCUACACUGGAAACCACUGUUUUAUUGUUAUUUAUAUCAUUUGAAAGACUCGUUUUAAUGUGUGAUGUAAAUAUUUAUGAGCACAAAAAGACUCACAAAGCAGGAUUUUUCUGCGAAGCUGGAUAACAAGCACAAAGAGAGGGUUGCCUAAUAGGAACAUUCCUUACCUCUGUUUCCAUGGGCCUCUGCAUGCUGUAGUCCCAUCAUGCCCAUGUUAGGAAGUCUGGAUCGAAGCUGCUUUGCUCUAUGGGGAAAAAUGAAUGGCGUUUUGGUAAACAAACUGGAUGGUUUUCCUCUGAAAGUCACUGGAUUCUUUGAUUUAGGAGGUUGUUUCGCAGUGAAAAUAUGUAUAUUGCUCCAAACAUGCCACAAGCAAGCUAAUGUACCAUCAAAUGACGUACCAUCAAAGUCUACUAUUGGACUUUAACACUCAUUUAUCAUCACCGCGCUGAAACUACCAAAGCAUCUUAACCACCCUAUUUAACAGAGCUUGGUGUUCAGCACAGGCCUGAGCGAUUUGGGGGAAAUAUUUAAUUGCAAUAUUGCGACUGUGAUUUAAAUUGCCCUCAUCUUUAUACAAACUGAGGUUCAUGCCUGAUUCUUUUGGGCCAAUGAGACCAGAAUAUCCACCUUUUCUGGGUCGAGGCUUAACCCCUGACUGCAGUGUGCCAACCUGCCAGUAAGGCGUGGUUGUGAUGUCACAACACAUGGAGGUUUGGUUGGCUCCGAUUGGUCUACCUCAUAUACAGGCAGUUUCACAAGCUCGGUGUUAUUAGGUUCAAUUCCCCCACUUAAAAAAACGUUGUUAAAGUAAACUUAAAAAAUGAUGGUUCUUCAGGGGUUCUUUAGUAAAAACAGUGGUUCUGUAUAAACCCAUCAACACUCAAAGACCCAUUUGCAUGCUUAAAGGGUUCUUUGUGUGAAUAAAUGGUUCUUGCAGCUCUUGCGAUUUGAAAAUUGCACUCACUCAAAUUGUGAUUUCGAUAUAAAGACAAUUAAUCUUUUAGCCCUUGUUUAGCACAAGGUGUGCCGGUGAGGCUGGCAGUCCCGCCUGGUCAGUUCAGUGCGCUACAAUGUUAGCUUGCAUGUAGCAAUAGCUCCUUAACGACCUCAUAAUUCAGAGGAUCUGCCGACCUUCAAUGGAGCGUGUCCAUAUUGGGACGGUGUUGUCUACCAUAAGGUGCCACAGCAGUGAAUUUAGAAGGUCCCAUAGAGAAAAAGAGCUUAGAUCCAGAAUUCCUGACCCCGACUGCAGAGGUCUUCUGGACAGGCUUUACUCUUGGCUCAAGUUAUCUAGGUAACCUUAGAAAUCCUACUUUGUGUAAUACCAUUUUUAAACCAGGCUUAUCGCCCGUUCCCAUACUAUUUAACAUGUUCUCGUCCACUCAGUCUGGCCAUUUCCCUUCAGCAGCACCUUCCAUUACUAUACUAGCACAAAGGGGCUUUAGACAGGGCCUCGAAGGGGUGAGGGACCAAGUGAACGUGUCGACUGUAGCAGCAGAACUUGCCCAGAGAUCAUCUGACGUGUAAAAUCCCCAAACGCGUCUGACACGGCUGUGACAGCAAUGAAAUAUUUUAAAAUACUUCAAUUCUAAAAACUGUAACAUUAAAUUUGCUCAGACUGAGUUUUAGGCAACUGCUGACUCAGCAUAUUCUGCUAGCAACAGCAAAGAGGAACGCAAUGCGCCACAAAGCUUACAGCCAGACAAAGCAGCUAUUCACAUGUAUCAGUCCUCUGGUUGGUGAGGUUGGCACCCCACAGACUGUAUGCCACUGUUGGUCUACUCUCGGACCACCCAGAUGCACAUACACACAGGCUAAUUCACAUUUCCAGGCUUAAGUGGCACAAAUCCGGUUUUCUGCCCUAAAGAGACUCAGAUCGGAUGUUUUCAGGGCUGUGUGGACACGAAUCUGAUCUAUUCAAAUCCGACCCGAGUCACUUUCAUAUGUGGUCCUAGAUCAGAUACGUAUCCGAUUUGUGUCCACGUGACCUUAAUGUGACGCUUAGAUCGGAAUUUAUGCGCUUUUAUGUGCCGUCAUUACCACGGCAGCAGCGCUGAACAGCCGUUAAAGCCUGUAAACGGUGGAAAAGCAGCUCAUCUCACCUUUUCCUCCUCCGUCUGGCUCUAAUAACGAAGCUGAGAGCUGAUCAGAGUUAAUGAUCUUCUCAGCGAAGCUCGUUCUGCUCGUUAGUUUGUGCUGAUGAUGCAGUGAUUCAGUCACGUGACGUUACUGAGUAGGAGGAGCUCAUGAGGGUCAUUUCAGGACGGUUCGUCCCAUUAAUGACAGACUUGAGUCACUGACCUAAACGAGCGAGAACCAUCGAGUCAGAGAGAUCGGAUCUGAGCAACGAGGCCUGUAAUGUGAACGCAGCCAGUCUUUUUAUUUGUAAACAAGACAAAACAAAUAUUACAGACAACUGAGAGAAAAGUAAUAAUUAUGCCUGAUAUAAAUUGAUUUUGUUGAAAACGUGCUAGAUUUUUUUUGUCGAACACUCGACAAAAUCAGCCAGCUUUGCCAUCAGUGGGCCAACAGUGGCCUGCUAUACCAUUAUGGCUAAUUAGCUCACUUUGGCUAACCUAGUCAAAGAUUAGCUUUAAUUAAAAAUCCACCCCUCCCCUUUUACUGCCGUCUAUUUGGCAGCUUGUGGAACAUAAGAUUUAGCGCACAGAUCAGAAACUGCCAUUCAGUUACUUCAUUUCUAGUGAAAACAGCCAUUAAACAAGUCAUUUUGGGUAACGCUUUACUUGGAUGGUCCGCUGCAGAUGCUUUGUAAACGCUUAGUCUGUCUUUAAGUAACAACUACAAACGAGUUCAGUGUGAAAGAUUUUAUUAGACUAAAACUAACCCUAACCCUAAUCUCAAGACCAAACUUACACCUACCCCUAAUCCUACCCAUAAUGGGGUUGAUGAUCGCCUGAAGGUUUGUUAAUGACGAAGUAUCUGUAGAGCGUCUAGAGGGGACCAUCCAAAUAAAGUGUGGCCGUUGUUUGUUUUUCAGGGUCACCGGUAAAGUUCAGUCAUAGAAGUUGUUCAUUUUUCAACCCAUCGGUCAGAAAACCUGACUCCACAUCUUAGACGUUGUCUUCCUUUUCUCAGUGAAGUUCUUCUCUAUCAGCUACACAUCCUUUCAGACCCACAGCGCUGAGUCGUCUUCUCACAGUGGAAGGAUGGACAGAAACACCUGGGGGUCUUUUCAGAUCUGAAGCUGUUUGAUUCUCUCAAAGAUGAAACCUUUAUGUGCUGUUUAUCUGAUGGGGGUCAGUUUUGGUGUCUGCCAGGUCUUCCAGGUGGUUGUUAGGAGGCCCAUUUUCCUCUGUACCUUUAGUUUUUGAACUCUAGUUUGGAAACUGUGGAUUAUCGCUCUGUGGAUGAUCUGCUCUCCUCAGGAAGAUCUCACGAGAAACGAUGACCCCUUGUACCAUUAUUGUCCCGUUUUCUCGUGAUGGCUGUUUUGACUGGAAAUGAAGGAUGGUCUCUUAUUUGUAGGCGCAGCUGACCUUCGAAGUGGUGGACCACAGUUGACGAGGGCAUGUUUUUAAAAAUAGUAUUGAAACAGGGACUUGAUCAAAAACCAAUGGCUAGGCUAGAGCGACAAAAAUAAUGGACGCAAGUGGAGAAGUUCAAGCAGAUUAAUCAAGCUAUGUCACUUCUCACCGACCAGCCUGAGUAAGUGGAGAAAAUAAGACUGUUUUAGUGACACCGUGCAAUAUUUUCAACUUGUAGCCUACUGUGUGUGGAAGGUGUUUCAUUUCUAGCCUAAAAGUAUUACCGAAUCAUCUUCAGGCAUAUUUUAAACUUGAAAUUGUGUGUGUUUGUGAGAUUGAAGUCUGUUUUCCCCGCAAUUCUUUCUGAAAGAAGUACAGCUGCCAAUCACAUUCCAAUACUGUAGUAAAAGGACUGUCAGUUAUAACCAUGUUAGUUAUAACAACAUUAGUUAUAACCAUGUUACAGUUAUAACCACGUUACAGUUAUAACCUUGUUACAGUCAUAACCACGUCAUUUAUAAAACACCAUAGACCUGC